GGUCGGAGCCUGCACCUGACGCAUUGGGCCACCUGUCAGACCACAGUGUCAGAAUCCCAGUCUCGGGAUUCGUCCAGGGUACGAUGGAUGCAGGACAGCAACGCAUUUCCAUUGGGUGGGAUCCAGAGGUAAAUCUGCAUAAAAGAAGCCCGACCCCCACAACACACAGGUGGUGUCGGCUUGGCUUUGAAGUACAGGUAGAGGUUUGCAGGACAGAAAAGGAGAUCAGACAGAGUAAAGAGGAAAAGACGAGCAUUGUGAGCUCAAGGAAUCACAGGUAGGAAGUGUUGAAAUGACAAUGAGAAGUUCAGGGCGGCAAAAGUAUGGGCUGCAUGCAGCACCUUGGACACUAACUGUUUGGCAACGAAAGCCAGGACUGAAGGGUCCUGGGUUAGGUGCUGGGACUUUAUCCCGCGGGUACCCAAGGGCCAGCCCAGUCCCAAGCGCAGUCGGGUCUAAUUUUAGGUAAGUCUGGCAAAGAGGAUGGUCCAGGGCAGGGAGAGAAGGGUAAGGUGAUGUUGCAAUAGCCCAGGGGAGAAGCGGGAACCAAGAAUGGAGGACAGCGAAGAGGCUUUGAUCUCAGAAGACUGGUCGCUGGGCAGCCCCUCUAACUGACACAUAAACAGGAGAAGCUUUGUAAAGGCCGUAGGUUCACCUCGGGUCCGGCUGUGGUUGCAGGAAUGGGUGACUCACGAGUGGGCAAAAUCGCCACCAGACGCAAAAUCUUCCUGAAACCAGGAUGGAGUCUGCCUCUGCUGCUCCCCUGAUCACCCGUGGGGGACCUUCCCAAAAAGAAAACAAGCCCUGGCUGGUGUAGCUCAGUGGAUUGAGCACAGGCCUGUGAACCAAAGGGUCACCAGUUCGAUUCCCAGUCAGGGUACAUGCCUGGGUUGCAGGCCAGGUCCCCAGUAGGGGACACAAAAGAGUCAACCACACAUUGAUGUUUCUCUCCCACUCUUUCUCCUUCCCUUCCUCUCUCUCUCUAAAAAUAAACAAACAAAAAUAUUUUACAAAAGAAAACAAGCUUGAUUUAGCAGGAGGAAUUACUUUUGGGGACACUCAUUUCAGGAAAAUGCAGGGACCAAUGGGGAGUGACGAUGGAUGACAGGUAGGGACCACCGUUCCCUUGUCACGGUGCUUGCAAGCCAUCUGCCUCACAUUCUGUUUAAUAACAAAAGUCGGACCAGGGCAUCUGACUGACAAACCUCCCCCCACCCCUCCCACACCACUGGCGGCCAAUCGGGAUGGCCCCUGCUGGCCAGUUCCGGGCGGAAUGUUGUGGCUGGGGACUCCGCGGCAACCGGGCAACUGACCAGAUGGAGCGGCUGUGGUCCUCUGUGGGGCUGGGCCUUGGGUCGGUCCUCGGGAAGCUGGGCAAGAUGGUAGUGCAGCUGCUGCCCAGUGGCCUGGUUCCACUCCUCAUGGUCCACGUCCUCCUGUGGAAGACGCUGGUGUGUCCACCUGUCUUGGUGGGUCUCGUCUUUAUAGUCAGACUUCUUCAGUCUGUUUGGAGCCGACUCUACCUAAGACAUGAAGUGCAGCUCGCAAAAGCCGUGGCCACACAGGUGGCGAAGAAAUGCCAGCUCAUUGAGCAGGUGCGCUCGGCCAGAGAGGAGUGUUCGAGGCUCGAGUCGGCCUUAGCCGAGGCCGGACGGGAGAAGCAGUCCUUAAACAUACCCAGCCUCGUGGACACUUACAGAAAGGAAACCACGGCCUACUGGGUGCUGCGGCAGGAAAUCACUUCCCUGGUUGACCAGCUGAAGGAAGAGAGGCGCAGACAGUCCAGGCACCGGGAGGAGAUGGCAGAGAUGCUGAUGACGCUCAAGGCCCUGGAAGAGGGCGUGAAGACCACCACUUCCCGAGGAGCUUUUCCAACCCUGCCAGGAGGCCAGAAGGUUUCACACCACCCUCAGCUCCUGCCUGGACAGCCCCUGGGGGUGUGAAGAACAGGAGGCUUCCUGAGCACCCGGAGACCGAGGGGCUUCUGAGCACUCACGGAACAUUUGGGUUCUCUCUCGGCGGCAAGGAAAGAAGUACUGUGGUAAAGACACACGCCUCUUACUCAAACGGAGUUUCCAUCAAACUGCACGGCCCUGCGUUUUGUAGACAUUGUUUCUAGAUUAAUCUUCUAAGUGAACCUUUAUGUUUUAUUCCCUCCUUUAGUAUUAUAUUUUAACUUGAAAAUAUAUGUAGCUUUGC